CUCGAAUGGUUGAAGCAGAACAUUCGGAACGAAAUUAUAAUUCAGCAUUGGUAGAGUUAGAAAACGAUCGAUACGAUCUAAUGCAACAACUUGAUGAAAUGAAAUUGAUUAAUCACGAAUCGAGAAAUGAAAUAUUUUCAGUUCGACAAAAGCUUCAAGCUACAGUACAGUUUUCAGUUAAUAAUCGAUGUUCUUGGAUGAAUAAUGAUUUAUCAUUGGACCGUGAUAUGAAACAUGUUGAACAAAAGAUGGAGAAUGAAUUGAACGUUCAACCUCCUAAUAGUUACUUGAGUGAAUGUGAUCGUUUACUGGUUGCCAAUAUUAUAUCCGACACAAAACAUUUAGAUGAUUUAAAAACAGAUUGCAAGUCUUUGAUGUCACUGUUGGAAACAUCUCGAAUGUUUGAAGCAGAACGUAUUAAAUUACAAGCUGAAAUGGAUCGUCGUCUUUCAGAAUCAGAAAGAAAUUAUAAUUCAGCAUUGGUAGAGUUAGAAAACGAUCGAUACGAUCUAAUGCAACAACUUGAUGAAAUGAAAUUGAUUAAUCACGAAUCGAGAAAUGAAAUAUUUUCAGUUCGACAAAAGCUUCAAGCUACAGAGAAAUUUCUCAAUGAGCAAAUGGAAGAAAGAGAAUUAGAACGAGAAGAAUUCUGUAUCGAAUUAAAUCGUCUGAAAAGUGAACUUGAAACGAGAAAGUCACAAGCGAUUUCAAGUAAAUUCAUGAGUUCUGGUGAUACUGAUUUCUGUACUACACCGUUGAGUAUGGAAGAAACAGAACAAAAUAAUUUCACAUCUCAUAAGAUGGUUGAUUUGAAAAUGGAAAAUUUAUGUCAAAAUGAUUCUAUCAAAUCAAAUGUUCAAUCAUUUGUACAAUCUAAAUCAUGGAAUAAACCUAGUGAUUCUGAUGAAGAUAUAGUGAACGGAAAUUUAAAUGAAAUAACAACACGGAAUCAAUAUAAAUGUGUUGAUCAACAGAAUGACUGGCUACCUUAUACUAUUCCAACAAUGAAUAAGAAUAAUACUUGCGUUGAUUCAAUGACAAAUACAUCUGAAAGUCACAGUAUUCAGGAUUAUACUAAUGAAAUUGAAACAAAACAGAUGAAAUUAAUCGAUGUUUCCAGUGUUUACAUACAGGAUGAAUUGAAUCAUUGUGAUGCUUGUACACAGAUUGAAGUGAUCAAGUUGGAUAAGUUUGUGGAAGCCACAAUAGAUUCUGUUGAUAUGGAGGUUCAGAUUGUAGUUGAUAGUGAAGUGGAGAACCGUGAAGAAAUGGUCCCAUUGUCUGAGCUAUCAUCGCUAGUAGGAGAUUUGAUGGAUUCGGAAGAUCUCAAUAAUACAUUGCGUGAAGAAAUUAGUAGUCUUACAAAACAACAAAUUGAAUUACAACUUGAUAAUGACAAUGUUCACAAAAUUUUAAUGGAACAUGAAAAUGAUGCUACCCGAGUUAAUGAAGAACUAAUUAAAGCAGAGAAUAAAUGUAAAAGUCUUAGUAAUCAACUGUUACGAUGUAAAGAUGUUAUUGUAGAACAAGAUGAAGACUUAUUCCUUGUACGUGAAGAUAAAAUCCCUGUUUCGCUUGAAAACCAAAACGUUGUAUGUUAUCAUCUUGAGGAUUUUCAAACUAACAACGAAGAAGAUUAUAUUCGUCCAAUGUGGGCCACAUCAGCGCCUAAAAAAGAAGAGUCACCCAACUCAACAUUUAUAUCAUCGGAGAGUGAUACACUUUGUGGAGCUGUUUCAGCUGAAUUCAAUACAUUAUCUAAUCGUCUGGAAGACGACAGUGCUCGCCUUGAAACAGCGACCGCAAUCGCAAGCCCGCGUCAGUCUGUCUGUGAUAGACCAGAGAGUUUCGCUUUUAUUAAACCAAAUGAUAAUGAAGAAACCACCGUAAAAGUAAAAGAUGAUGAAUCUGGCCCUUCGAUUAUUGAAAUGCGUAAUUCCUAUGGUGAUUCGAAGGCAGCGAUUAUACAUAAUAAUCCAUGGAUUAGUAAGGAGCAAUCUAACGAUGAAGAUAAUGAUGAGAUAAUGAAACGUUUCAUGAACCAACUAUUAGUUGCAUUAACAAAAGCUUUGGAUACCGAUGAGGAACCACGAGUUUCAGCAAUCACUUCGUCAGCUGCCCAAACGUGUGAUAAACUUCGCAGUAGGACAACAUUAUCAGUUCCCGAUUUAGGAGUGGAGUUCCCGUCAGGGAGUGUUUUAUGCCAAAUCAUACAACAAUUGACAAAACGUAUAUCAUCUUUUAUGCGUCGUGAAGAUGAGUUUCGUAAAUUUCUGAUUGAAGUUCUUCAUGUGGAAGAUGCUUCAUUCAAAUCUGAAUUGAAGACUCAUGUUAUUCGUUCUGAUGCUUUAAUGCGGGAAAUUAUUCGUUUGACUAAAGUUGUAAACUCAUUGUCGGAAGAAUUGAAUCAUGCAAAUAAUCGAACUAAUGAAGCGCAAAAUCAACUAUGUUUUACAAAAGUUGAUCUGGUUCAUACAAUGCAUGAAUUAAAAUUAAAGAAUGACGAAGUCGAACGUCAGCGAACUGAUGUGGAACAGUUAAGAUUACAGCUGUGUGAGGAAAAUGCACAAACAGAGAAAUUUCGUUCGGAACUUGAAAUGUUGCAGUCAGAUAAAGUUCAAGUUGAACAUGAAUUGUCAUCGUCAAAUAAUUUAAUUCAAGAAUUAAAAAUAUCAUUGACAAAUGAAAAGAAUCGGGCUGAAUCAUUGAAAAUUGAAUUGGAUCAAUUGCAUGACCGAAUUAAAAAGAACACUUAUCACACUACACUGAUGUCAAAUAAUAUUGAAAACAAUAAUAUUGAUAUUAGUAGUGAAAAUGCAACUCGAACUGAUGAAAAUCGAGCACCUAAUGGUCCUUUAUCAGAUCUCAAUCUACGUGUCUAUGAAGCUCUAAAUCUUACUACUACUCGUUUAGCAUCUAGUCGACAUGACGCAAUAAAGUUACUUAAUCAAGUCAAGGAACUACAGGCUACUGCUCAUGGUCUACGUUUAGAUCUCUCUGAGGCAGAACUUCGUCUUAUGCCUACGUUGGCAUCUGUGUUGCCGAAUAUAUCUAAUCGACCUAAUGUGGAUAAAGCAUCACAAUCCUCUAUGAUUAAACGUUCUGCUUUACAGAGAAAAUUGCGUGUUUAUGAAAAUCAAUCAGAAUUAAUAAGAGCCAAGUUUGCGAAACUAAAAAGUGCUUGUGUAGAUUUACUACCACGUAUUUCAAUGGAUGGACGUGGUGACGAUGAUGAUGUUGAUGACCUACUAGCUGGGGAUGUACUUGAUCGGAAUUCUAAUUCGCAUUCUUCAGGUGAUAGUUUUGAAGGGAACAUUUUCAUUGGAUCUGAUAUUGUGAAUUCUUUACGUCGUCGAGCUGGACGUCAUCGUAUAUAUGCUGAACGCGAUGAAUACCCAGUGAAGAGGAAUACUAAUAUUGGUGGGAUGCUCAAUAAGGGAUCGUAUAGAUCUAUUAGAACGACUGAUAGACGAUAUCCUGUUACUCAAAACAGUUCAGUUCAAACUACAUGUACUAGUCAUGUGAAAACUAUGGGUCCAUAUGUAAAUGUGACAAAUUCAAAUAGGUUGAAUAAUCCUGUCGAAACUUUACCUAUUAUGACAGCUAGUAUGAUAUCGUCUUCUACAUGUGUUCAUGUUGAUCCAACUGUGUCUGUGGAACGAUUUUUUUCUAUGUACGCUCGUUGUCGUCGUGCUGAAAGCUAUCGCCGUUCAUUGGCGUUUCAAAAACGUUAUUUACUCCUUCUUUUGGGUAAUUUUAUGUAUUGUGAAGAUGAUGUAGUUGCAGCUCUAGGAUGUCCUGAAUCUCGACUCACUCCACAAAUAGAUUCUAAAUAUGCCUCUCCACGAGUACGUUUAAACCCAGUCCGAAGAUUCCGUACAAUAGGUCGUGUUGUUCAAGCUAUUCAUAGAAUGAAACGUGAAGUGAGUAAGUGGCAACGUGUGCGUAUACCUCCUGUUCAAUCGAAUCCCACUAACAAUCCAAUUUUGUAUAUGGAUACAACAACUCCAAAUUCAUGUUAUGUACCACCAAUUCGAAAUAGGCCAUAUAGUUCUACUUCAGAUAGUGCUAACCAAACUAAUCGAAUUUUCAACGGAUAUAUACGAACGCCUUUGAAAGAAUUGCAUGCGGAAGAAUCCAACAAUACAUAUCCAUCUGCAUUACAAAAUUCGUCUACUUUAAAUGGAAAAAACUAUUUAUCACAUUACUCGGUUUCUACUCCUAGGAUAUCACAAUUUCAAUCCUCCUCCAGUGGCUACAGUUCAUUGUUGGAAAAACCAACAGACUCUACCGGUUCUUCACAUCGACAGCAAUCUUAUUCAUCAUUUAAUCUUUCAUCAUCAACAACACCAUUGACAACAAAUUCAACAGGAAUUCCGAUUCCUCGACAAGUGCCCAUAACCUCUAUCCCAAUCCAUAGGUCAAGUUUAUCUUACAACCGUCCAUUUAUGAGGAAUUAUCACCAACCAUCUUCCUCUUCUUCAUCAUCACCCAGUCGUCUAUCAACUGAGAAUCAACGUCGUGUUUCGUCAGUUUCCUCCACUGUUUACCAUCGAGUCGAUUCGAUUCGAACACAGUCGGUACGAAAUUCAAGUUAUACUCACCAUUAGCAUAAAUCAAAAUUUUCUGUAUAAACAAUCAUUCUAGUUAUAACUGAUUGAUUAGUUGUGUAAAUGAAAUCCGUUUACAUUUAAUCACUGUGUAUAUCGGAAUAUGUAUACUGACGGAGAAAGAUGCAUAGAGACACCGUGUAUAUUAUAUAACGGUGUCUUUAUUUUUAUGAUGUUUGAAAUUCUUUUGAAGUUUUCUCUUCUUAUUGUACGUCUAUCCAUUCAUUUUAUAUUAAUUAAUAUAUAUAUAUAUAUAUCUUCCUAUUCAAUUGUACAUUGAGUUCUUUUGAAAACUUUUCCAAAUCUUUUUCUGUACUUAAUUUAUUCUUAUUUAUGCUUCAGUUUAUCUAUAUUCAUAUUUGUAAGUAUAAUUAGUAAGUAGUAUUUUAUCAUCACACUAUGUGUAGAGUAAGUUAGUGAUGUUAAUGACAGUGAAACUAACCUAACGCAUUUAAUAUUCACUUUUUUCUUAUCCUGUUUUUUUUUUUUAAAAAAAAAAAAGAAAGAUAAAAAUUCAUUAGACAUUUAUCCUAUUUUUAAC